UGUAUCGACCGACACCAAUGUAUUAUGUAUAGAUUAUAACAUGUUCUAAUCACUCAGUUUCAAAGCAGAAGAUAAAUGCGAAGAACAACUUUGUUUCCAAUCACAAAAACAAAAGAAGCAAAAGGUUUCUGUUGGUUUCAAUUAAAGAAGAAUGAAGCAAAAAAUAGUUAUAUUGCUGUCAAUGAACAGAGAGAAAUGCAGAAACAUAGCUCUCAAAACUGCAGCUGAGGUCAAAGGUGUGACUUCAGUUUCAUUGGAAGGAGAUGAUAAAGAUAAGAUAUCUGUUACGGGUGAUAACGUAGACACGGUUUGCUUAGCCAACCAGCUAUUGAAGAAAUUCAAAAAUGUCACAAUUUUAAGUGUUGAAGAAGUGAAAAAGAAAACAGAAGAAGAAAAGAAAAAGGAAGAAGAGAAGAAAAAAGCAGAAGAAAAGAAAAAGAUGAUGGAAGCAUGUCAUGCUGUUUUGCAUGGUUGUUGCAACAAGUGUCAUAGCUUCAGUUGUAAUGGUAUGUGUUCAUGCACAAAAUGUUCAAGUCCAAAGUGUGAUGGAACACUUUGUGUCACUAUUUGCUUUAAGUGUGAAAAUCCAAAGAGUUGUUGUGAGUGUAUGUCAUGUUGCUCCAAUUGUGACCACAAGUAGAGUGAUGGUGGUUGCAAAACUAAGAAGAAGCCUCCUUCACCAUCAUUUCAAGUGUGUCCUCAAUGGUGCACAUGUGCUAAGUGUUAUGCUCCAUAGCGUUGGUUGGUAGUGUUUUAUUUUUUUUUAUGAGAGAAAAAUAAUAUGUUUUAAAUUAAACUAGAGACAAAAUAUGCCAAAUUACAUUGGAAAAUCUCAAGUCAAUAACCUACCAAGUGUUGGGAUCAAUAGAAACAUAAAUGAUUAUUUAUUUUAAAAAUUCUAUAAAUAUUAUUUUAUAAUUAAAAAUUAUAUUUAAUGGCAAAUCGCU